GUGUGUGUGCUCAGAACGAACACACUACAACACCUCGAUUAUAAAUUGGAGAAGGAUUUGAAAUAAUAAAAAUGAUAAGAAUAAUGAUAUAAUUUCGAAUACAAUUCCUGUUUCAAUGACAAUAAUAAUGUUGAUGUUCAUGAUGGUAAAGAAGAGAGAAGAAAAGUUGAAGUAGCAGCAUCAAACGCAGCAGGCAUGGAUCUGGCGUAGUUUCUCUAACAAGGAAGUGUAACGGCAUCAUUACCAUCAUCAUUACCAUCGUUACAACCACCGCCACCGCCACCACCACCACCACCAUCACCAGCUUCUCCUUCUCCUUCUUCUUCUUCCCCGUCGCCGCUACCGUCACAAGCACCACCAGCAGAAUCACCAAUUACUACCAACAGCAGAGUAUCUCCUACAAUAGCAGUUACAGGGCAAAGCCCAGUCAGUAUCAAACGUGUCAUCAUUUUGUUCGUUUGUUCGCUCAUUCAUUCCUCAUUGGAACCGAUCGCUACGGUUGGUGGGCAAAUUUUGAAAACAAAAAACCUCUACGAGUUGUUUGUGUCACACAUACAUAAAGGGUCGCAAGGCGACAGACCAGAAUCCGAAGCAGCUCGGUUGUGUAUGUGGGGGGGUUGCUAGGAACGAAACCGGCAACAUAUCACAAUGGUGAAGCCACCUAAUGACUCCAGCACUUACAAGUUGGUCGUAGUAGGAGAAGGUGGUGUCGGUAAGUCGGCGCUCACUAUCCAGUUCUUUCAGAAACUGUUUGUUCAGGAUUAUGACCCAACAAUUGAGGAUUCGUACAUACAACACGAAGAUGUUGAUGGAAUAUGGUGUGUUUUGGACGUGCUUGACACAGCUGGACAAGAAGAGUUUAGUGCCAUGCGGGAGCAAUAUAUGCGAACGGGUGAUGGUUUCUUGCUGGUGUUUUCUGUUACGGAUCCACACAGUUUUAACAGCAUUACAAAUUUCUACACACAAAUUCUGCGGGUAAAAGACAGAGAUUCCUAUCCGAUGCUUUUAGUUGCCAACAAAGUCGAUCUUGUCCAUCAACGGAAAAUCACUGAAGAACAAGGAAGGGAUCUUGCCAACCAGCUCAAUAUCCAUUACAUAGAAACCAGUGCAAAAGACCCACCCCUCAACGUCGAUGCAGCAUUCCAUCAAGUUGUCCGAAUUAUUCGAGAGCAACCUCCUGAUUUUAACCGUGUUCCAAAGCGCAAAGGAAAACGUCAGCGAUGUACCAUAUUAUGAAGAUUGGUCGAUUGGGUUGCAGAAGAAUUUGUGGCAAGAAGUGAUAUGAAGCAAAGAUGGUUAUCAAACACAGAAACUCACACAAUGCAAUGGAAAGGGAUGGAAUUGGUUCUGAUAACCAUUUAUUAUAUGAUAAGGAUAUCUACUAACAGUACUAACCAAAUUAUUUUUUCCCUUUGAAUAAUGGUGAUGAUGAUGAUGAUGAUGGACAAUCAGUGACUUACGGGACAAUAUUCUUGGGAUGAACAGGAAAAAUACUGUUUUUUUUUUCUAUACAUGGGUUUACAGAUGGACACAAAUGCAUUUCUUGAGAUGCAUAGAACUGCAACGACGUUCUAUGUACAACAUCAUCUGAGCCAUACACGAAGCAUGUGUACUUCGUACUGGCCAGUGUUGCAGUGUUGUUGUGAAUGUCUUCAAUGAAUAACUUAAAUUAAUUUUACUUUGUGCAUAACACACACACACACACACACACGCAUGUAUAUAUGUGUGUGUGUGUGUGUGUAUAUCAUAUUGCAAUAAGAAGCGGUGGUUUGAAUUCAUUAUUACAGCUAUAUAUGUGUGUGUGUGUACAUGCACACACCACACAUACAUAAUUGCACACACACAUAUACACACACGCACACACAUACACAUAGAUACAUACAGACAUACUUACAUGGACAUACAGACAUAUGCAUGAAUUAUUUAUACACCCAUAUCUCUAUGUACACAUAUACAUAAACAUGUUUACAUAAACACACAUAUGCAUUCUCUAUUUAUCAUCUGUGUUUAUAAUGGGGCAGGGGAAUUUUUAAUUGAUUAAUUAAAAAAAGGAAUUUUUUUAAACAAAAAAA